CACUACAUAAGUAUAAGUAAAGAAUUGGUUUUUCUCUUUCUCUGCCCCUUCAAGUACAGAUCUCCAGAACAAGGUCGAUCCAUAUCUGUGAAAUGCUUUUUUCUUGAUCUGUCCCGCCUCUUUUCUGGACAUUGGAUCUGGGUCUUUUGUUAAUUAAAAAAAAAGAGAACCUUUUUGUUCCAGAUCUGCCUGAACAGAGAAAUAAGCUAGCCGAAUGGCGGGGGAGAAGCAAGCAGAAGAGCCCAUAAUAGCCGCCGAAGCGGUGCGGGAGGAAGGCGGCGAAGAAGUUUUCAGCGUCAAGAACUUGCUCUGGAACGGUGGCUCUGCCUGGGAUGCUUGGUUCAGCUGUGCUUCCAACCAAGUGGCUCAGGUCCUGUUGACCCUGCCCUACUCCUUCUCCCAGCUGGGAAUGGCGUCCGGCAUAGCCUUCCAGAUAUUCUACGGCCUGGUCGGGAGCUGGACCGCGUACCUCAUCAGCGUCCUCUACGUCGAGUACAGAACCCGGAAGGAGAAGGAGGGCGUCAGCUUCAACAACCACGUCAUUCAGUGGUUCGAGGUGUUGGACGGGCUGCUGGGAGGGUACUGGAAGGGGGUGGGGCUAGUGUUCAACUGCACAGGACGUGGACUAACAUUUUCGGGGCUUGCUGUGCCACCACUGUUUUCAUUUCUUCUUUCCACAAUUUCCGGAUUUGGUCCUCGGCAUGACCACUUACACCGCUUGGUACCUCGCCAUUGCUGCUAUUCUCCACGGACAAGUGGAAGGUGUCACGCACUCUGCUCCAACAAAGCUUGUAUGGUAUUUUACGGGAGCCACCAACAUUCUCUACACCUUCGUGGGUCAUGCAGUCACCGUAGAAAUAAUGCAUGCAAUGUGGAAGCCGCGGAAGUUCAAAUGCAUAUACUUGUAUGCCACCCUCUAUGUGUUCACCCUCACCAUUCCCUCAGCCACCGCCGUCUAUUGGGCAUUCGGCGACCAGCUUCUCGACCACUCCAACGCCUUUGCCCUCCUCCCCAAAUCCGGCUGGCGCGACACUGCCGUCGUCCUAAUGCUCAUCCACCAGUUCAUAACAUUUGGAUUCGCAUCGAUGCCUUUGUACUUCGUGUGGGAGAAGAUGAUAGGGAUGCACGGGACGAGAAGCAUGUUUCCAAGGGCAGUGGCGAGGUUACCAGUGGUGAUGCCCAUAUGGUUCUUGGCCAUUAUUUUCCCCUUCUUUGGCCCUAUAAACUCCGCGGUUGGCGCGCUUCUCGUUACCUUCACCGUCUACAUCAUCCCCUCCCUCGCUCAUAUCCUCACCUUUCGUACCCAUUCCGCUCGUCAGAAUGCGGCGGAAAAGCCUCCGUUCUUUCUGCCAAGCUGGACGGGCAUGUAAGCAGUGAACAUCUUCAUAGUGGGCUGGAUCAUGGUCGUGGCCUUUGGUUUCGGAGGUUGGGCCAGCAUCACCAAUUUCAUCAAGCAAGUAGACACAUUUGGUCUUUUCGCCAAGUGCUACCAAUGCAAGCCGUCUAAACCGCCGGUGAUGUCGGUAAAACUGCCUCUGUUUGUUGUUACGUUUUUAUUGGGGAUUUCUCACUCUUUAGUGAAGAUUAUUGUUGUUUGGUGUUCCAAGUUAUUACUUGAUGAUUGUGUGUACCUCUAAUUGAUUUAGAGAAGAUUCUUGGUGUACCCACUAAUUUUCUUGGUGAUUAAUGGAAGGCUUCGUGGUUUUUUCCCCGAUUUGGGGUUUCCACGUU